UUCAGUUAACUUGUACCUACCCUUACUUAACAUUGGAUCACUAAAAUGCGGCAAUCAGUCGCCUCUUCGAUCUCGGCAUUAAGCUAGUAUUAUUUCUCAGCUCUCAUGGCCCAUGCAAGCUUCUCCCCCCUUGGCAUUGAACAAUGAACAUUGAACAGAAACCACCUCAGACAAGCACACAUCCAAUCCCCAAUCAUAUGCAACAGACAGACAGCUCAGACUGCUUCCAAUCUGCAGCCAAGGACAUCCAUACACGCACAUCCUCCUCCACACCCUCAUAUACACCCAUCAUUUUGUCUCCUCGAUCCGUCCUUCCCAACUCGUGUGUGUGCCAUAGUCUCUGCAGGUUCUUCUCAUGAUGGCGCAGAAGAAGAACUGAGCGCUACUUUUUGCAAAGAGGGAUACUAGGCGAGUAGGCGUUCAUCCUCUUUGAUGGUUACUCAUGUACCCCUCAAUUCGUAGCGUAGAGUUCUCGAUCUUUCGUUAAGUUUUGUUACGUGGACUGAUGCUGUUGUUUCUGUCCUUGGCGUAUUGCAUUCCUGUACAAACCUUUUCUGUUUUGAAUUUUUUGUCGUACUAGUAUUUUCAGCUACUAUGGCACAAAGUUCCAUCUAGAUUUCUUUUUCUUGGUGUUUUUUUGCUUUUGACAGUUCGAACCUGUGGUGGUCCUUGUGUGAUCUGGGCGUAUAUCUUUGCUUUGUUGGUACUGUAAGAGCUGAGCAAUCUUUUGCAGGAGUACAUCUUCUUGGUUCCUUCAAUCUCUUACUUCUUGGCAUGCUGGUCGAUUGAUUAUGCAUAUUUGUUGCAUUUCCAUUUGUAUCUCUGAAUUUUUCUCGGUAUUCGGGACCGACCCCAUAUAUAGUAGCUUUCUCUGAUCAUCAAAGGAGGAACAGAGAUAUCCUAGAUUUCUUUUUCCUUUUUUUUUUUUGCCUAAAAGAGCUAGCGAAGGUCACAUCUUCGUUUGGCAGUUCUUUCAUGCUUCUCAUCCCUUCCACCAAAGCUGCCUCCAUCCACUGCUCUGUUCUCCUCUGUUCAGUUAGGUGUGAGUAUGUGACACUUUUCAUCUUGAGUUCUGCUUCUUGAAUCUUGAUCCCUGGAAUAGAAUAGCAUAUAAUCAGUAGGGCCGCACUGAUCUUGCCGUCCCUGCAGCAAAAGCAAACCCAAAUCCCAAUGCAAAUCCAAGAAUAUGAUUAGCCCCGCAUCGCAUCCAUGAUUCUUUCUCUUGUUUAGUCAGGACUGCAAUGCUGAGGGAAGCCGCUGUGGUAGCCGGACCUUGCACCAAGAUCCGCAAGCGGUGUGCGCUGUCGUCGUCGGGCGCGUCGUCGGAACCCCAGAGGAGGAGGAGGAACCUGCGGCUGAAACGAGGCGUGCGGCUGCUCGGCCACCGGAGGGGAGGAAGCGCCGGUGCGUCGCCGCGCUCGAGCAGGAGGAGGAUGUCGGAGUCGUCCUGGAACCGCCGCCACCGUCGCCUCGGCGACGUCGAGACGCGGUCCUCAUCGGCGGCGUCGGCGCGGAAGCUCGUCAGCGCGCUCUGGCAGCUCAACAAGGGGGGUGCGUUCGAGGAGGGGGAGGUCGGAUGGGACGCGGCGGCCGCGCGCCGGAGCUCGGAUCACCGGCGCCGCGCGUCCGUGGAGUUCUCCAAGAUGUCGAGAAGAAAGAAUAAGGCUUUGAAUGAUGAUGGAGAGAGAAGCUGGCACAAUGGCCAUUCUCAUGGUCAGUGGUUUUCAGAUGUGAUGAGCAAUGGCGGCACAACGGAGGUGCAUACAUGCCCUCAAGGUCUCACUUCACCAUGGCCGGUGGACAGAAUGGCGCAGUUGCAGGACCUGUACAACAGCCUGACCGCGUCCAACGAGCUCAUCAGAGUGUUAGCCAACGUCUGCGCUCCCGGCGGCCUGAACCCGACGGCGGCGUCCCUCCUCACCGCGCUGCACUCCGAGCUCGACGCCGCGCGCGCUCGGGCGCGGCAGCUCUACAGGGAGCACAGGCGCGGCGGCGAAGACAAGUCGGCGGAGCACCUGCAGGAGCAGCUCGCAGAUGAGAUGCGCGCGUGGAAGAGCAGACACAGAGAGAAGGCCGGGGCCUACGUGCGUCUGGUCACUUCGGAGCUCGAGGGCGAGCGGCGGUCGCGGCGGCGGGCCGAGAGGGCGAGCAAGAAGCUCGGGGAGGCGUUGGCUGAGGCCGAGAGCUCGCUGCGUGCGGCGACGCGGGAGCUGGAGCGGGAGAGGGCGUCGAGGGAGAGGCUGGAGAAGGUGUGCGACGAGCUCGCCAGCGGCGGCGACGCGGCGGAUGAGGAGCUGAGGAGGGACACCGAGAGCGCGCGGGAGGAGCUGGAGAGGGAGAGGGAGAUGCUGCAGCUCGCUGACGAGCUGCGCGAGGAGCGGGUCCGGAUGAAGCUGGCGGAGGCGAGGCUCCAGUUCGAGGAGAAGAACGCCGUCGUCGACCAGCUGCGCCAGGAACUCGAGGCCUUCUUGGGCACCAACAAGGACAGUCAAGAAUCGCCUGCGGACGAACACCGCCAUGUUGUCAACGACGAUCAUUGCCUGCAACUGGUUCUUGCAUCUGAAUUAGGCGUCGAAGGUAUUGAUCGUGUGGCCGUCGACAAGAACGAUGAUGAUUCAGAAGGCAGCGACAUCGAGCUGAACAUGGACAGCAACAAGGACUACAGCUGGAGGUACAGCACCGCCUCCAAGCGGACGACGGCCAAGAACGCCGCAUCACCGUCAUCACGGCACGGCUCUUUUUCAGACAGAGGAACGGAGUGUGGGGCCGGCACAUUUGGCCGGAGAUACGAAGGAAUGGGAGAAGAAGAAGAACCUGAAGGGGAGUGGGACGAAGGGUGCAGCGACGACAGGACGAGCACCAAGGACAUGGACGAGGACGAGGAGAGGUACGAGGCGAUCAAGAACCUCAGGGAGCAGAUGCUGGCCGGCCAUGGCUUCGUCUUCCUGUCGCAAGGUGGGGCAGAUGCAGAGAGAGAUCACCAUCGCCAUGGUUUGAUAUGUCAGAUUGAUGAGGGGGGACUAUGGUGAGAUUGAUCGGUCAGCCAAAUUGGUUGGUGUGAAACUGUUGGCAGUAUAGUAACAUCAGCCCUGUUUCUUCAGAAUGUGUGCAUAGUUCUUGUGUUCCAGUUGCACGGUUGUAGCGUUCUAUCUUUGGGCUUUGGAUCGUUGCUGUUCUUCCAUAGGAAUCGUGGCUUCGGUGUUUUUUGCAUUGGCAUUUGGCGCUUGGUGUCAGGAUCACAAAUCACCAAUGCUAUGUACUUUUAUAUACAGACCUGAGUGUUCAUAUAGUUGCUGUUGUUUUUUCUUGCAUCGUCGAGUAAUUGUAAAAUACG